AGAACCAAACUACAACUGUUCUUCAUUCACCAACACCAUGGAAAAAUUACAAAACCCAGUAACUUUAGAGACACUUAUUUUUUUACCAGUACAAACUCCCAAAACACUUCUAAAGAAGAAAUCAUCCAGAUCACUACUAAAGAACCAGAGUUUCAAUAACGGUUUUAUACUCUUCAGGAGUCGACUUCAUAAAAAACUAUCAGAAGCCGGAGACUGGGCCGGUAUUUCAGUCGCCGCAGCAAAAUAUUGGUAUUCAUUACCUCAAUCUACAAAGUUAUCCUGGCAAAAGCUGGCAGAACUAAGCAAGUACCAAAGUAUUGAUUAUUUGGCUCAAAAAUUAGAGCAACGCCACCGCAGGAGAGCUUAAGCAAGGAGAAUACCAAACAAGCACCCUUCGGUCAAGUGGGUAGGAGUUUCUCAAUCUUAGCAGGAUUAAGGAUCACUUCAUUAAAAUAAUACAGCUGUAUCAAUAGAAUUAUAUUUUUAUACACAUGAAAAAGUAAGUAAAAACUAGUAAAUGAUUUAUAAAGAAUAAUUUUGAAAGGGU